GACGUCUGUGGUUCCAAAUUGAAAAUUUACUAAAAUUUUUGUUCGGAAUUCCGACUGCGUUUCCGAUUUGUCUUAGCAUAUUUUGUGGUUUCCUUCGUCUUAUUUGAUAAUUGAAAUGAUCAAAUAACGAAUCUGUUUUGUGAAUUCUUCUUGUUAAAUCGUAUUUCAAGUUGUAAUGUUUUCGAGUAGAAGGAAUCUUUGCAAUGUAAAUUAUACAUGUAAAUAUUAGGUUAUGUGUUAUCCUCUUUCCUUUGGCCGACAAGAAUUGCAACAGGAAAGGAUGAUGCUAACUCACUAGCCUUUUUUGAUAUUAGAUAAACCAAAAUGGAUCCUAACAUCUAUGCCUUAGUGUUAGACACACUAAACAGGGCCACUAGUCAAGACACAGAGGUCCUGAAACCAGCCGAGAAGAAACUCCAGGAAUGGGAGAUUGAACCUGGAUUUUAUUCAGUUUUACUGAAUGUUCUAUCAAAUCAUUCUAUUGAUGUGAACGUCCGAUGGCUGGCUGUGAUGUGUUUCAAGAACGGAGUGGACAGAUACUGGCGAAGGAAUGCACCUAAUGCAAUCACAGAAGAAGAGAAACAGAAGCUCAGGCAGGGGUUGUUGACUACGCCGAUUUUAAGCGAGCCUGUGUCACAGAUCGCGACACAACAAGCUGUCUUGAUCGCUAAGAUUGCAAGGUCUGAUUGUCCAACAAACUGGCCCACUCUGAUCCCAGAUGUGAUAGGCGCCAUGAAGGCGCCUCAAGCGCUGAUGCAGCAUCGCUCCCUGCUGAUAUUCCAUCAUGUUGUUAAAGCGUUGGCAUCAAAACGCUUGCUUGCUGACCGACGGUCUUUCCUAGAAUUAACAAACUCGAUAUACCCUUUCGUGUUAAACCUAUGGCAUGAGAAUACAGAGCGGUUCCUGCGUCACAUACAAGAGGGCGCUACAACUGAGAUGAUCACGGAGAACUUGGAGAAAGCGCUAUUGUGUCUCAGAAUAUUGAGGAAACUGACAGUGUUUGGUUUCAAGAAACCGUACGAGUGUCAAGAUGCGGUUGCUUUCCUUAAUGUUGUGUUCGACAGAGCAAAGACCAGUCUGGAGUGCAGGAAACUACUCAAAGGUCGUGGAAUAUAUCCCCUGGAGUUGUGUGAGAAAUUCAUAAUUCAUCUCACCAAAGUUGCCCUCGGAGUGCUGAGUUCCCACCCCAUCUCAUACGUGCCUCUCAUCCGACCCUCGCUUGAGUUCACCCUGUACUACUGCUUCACUGAACAAGGGAUGCUCCUCACGUACGAGAGGUUCACUAUACAGUGUCUGAACAUUGUGAAAGGGAUAUUGCAGUGUGCGGUGUUCAAAGUGCCGCAGGGUAAUCAAGUUAAGGAACCUUUGAGUGUGCAAGCGCAACAGAUAAAGUCGGAAGUGCUUGACGCGAACACCGUGUGCCACAUGUGCCGGCACCUGGUCACGCACUACUUCCUGCUGAGCGCCGACGACCUGGCGCUGUGGGACGCGGAGCCCGAGAGCUUCGCCACCGACGAGGCAGGCGAAUCCUGGAAAUAUAGCUUGAGGCCAUGCACAGAAGCCGUAUUCAUGGAGCUGUUCCACGAGUACCGUCCGGUGCUGGCGCCCGAGCUGGUGCGACUGCUGGCGUCGCUGCAAGAGAGCCAGGUGUCGCCGGACGACUUGCCCGCCAUUUUGAAAAAAGACGCCAUCUAUAAUGCCGUUGGACUCGCCGCCUUCGACUUGUAUGAUGAUGUUGAUUUUGACGAGUGGUUUACAAACGUCUUGAGUCAAGAGAUUAAAAUUAAAGAUAAUAACUACAGAAUAAUCCGCAGAAGAGUUUGCCAACUUAUGGGUCAGUGGUGUUGCGUAAGAGCAUCCCAGGCUAUUAGGCCAGCAAUGUACUCUUGCCUAUUGGAAGCACUCACGAGGUCUGGCGAAGACCUCGCCGUGAAGUUAGCCGCUGCAGAAGCUUUGCGAAGCACUAUGGACGACUUCAGUUUCGAUGUGGAACAGUUCGAGCCUUUUGUUCCACAUGCACUAUCUGCUUUGUAUGAUCUCCUGGUCGAGUGUACAGAAUGCGAGACAAAAAUGCACGUACUGCACGUGGUGUCCUACGUGACGGACCGCUGCAAGUGGGUGGUGGCGCGCGCCGGGGGCGAAGGCGCGAAUGCGCUGUUCGCCGCACUACCCGCGCUAGCGCUGCAUGCUGCCCAUCAUCACAUGCUGCGAGCUGCUGCGCUCGCUGCGUUGGUGCAUCUUGUUAAGGCCCUCGGACAGUGCGCGCCGAACGUUCGUCCGUGGGUCCUCAACGUUAUAAACGAGUCAACGAAACUCAGCGAACCAGCCCAUGUGUAUCUACUAGAAGACGCUCUGGAACUGUGGCUCGCUAUAAUAGAGACGUCGCCUACCGCAGACCCUGCCUUACUUCAGUUAGCUCAUAAUCUAUACCCCAUAUUAGAACCAUCGACGGAACAUCUUCGAGUCGUAGUAUACAUAAUGCAGGCGUACGCAUUGUUGUGUCCCGAGGAGUUCUUCAGUGGGGCGGGCGCCAAGUGUAUGACAGUUUUGGAUGACAUGCUCAGCGACCUGCGAACCGAUGCCGUCAUCACGGUGUUGAAGAUGGCAGAAAUAUGCAUAAGUGCCAACUUUCCUGAGAGGAACCGGUUUUUGGGUGUCAAGGUCAUUUGGCCGACUCUGAUCAGGGUAAUACAUUGUCUCCUAAAAUGCGACGACUUACCAAUGGUGCUGUCAGUGCAGCUGUGCCUACUGUCGCGCGUGAUCAUGCUCUCGACGGAGCUGUUCUACAAGGCGGUGGCGGAGGCGGCGGCCGGCGAGCCCGACUGCGACUCGGACCCCGCCAAAGUGCUGAAUAGACUAUUGCAUGUUUGGACUGAGAAGAUGAACCUAGUUACUCAGGUCGAGAGGUGGAAGGUUAUUGGUCUGGGGCUGGCAGCGUUGUUGACAACUCAGAAUGCGACGGUGUUGGAGCGGUUCCCAGCUAUCAUGCUCAACUUGUCCGAAGUACUCAACGACUUAAUGAAAAUGGAAGUUUCUGGAAAUUACAUUGAUGCCCUAGUAUCUCCACCGGGGUCGCGACCGGCGUCCCCGCUGGAGGGGCGCGGGGGUGCGGCGCGGUGGGGCGGCGGCGUCGAGGGCGCCGCGGGGGAGGAGGGCGCGGUCACCGCACACGAGCUACGUCGCAGACAGCUCGCGGCUGCUCAUCCGGCCAGAACUCUUGAUCUGAGAGCUGUGACUCAUCACCAGUUAGAAACACUGAAAGGCCAGGUGGGACCCGAAACGUUCGAUAGACUACUACAAUCAACCGACAAGGAUACCUUACAGCAAAUCAGAGAGUACAUACCUCUUUGAACGAAUACCUAUUUAUGUUUAAUUCAAAUUACGCGUAAUAUGUUACAUUUCAGAAAACUAUAAACUGCAAAACUGUAAUAAGCAUUUAAUAUGUACCCAUCUGAAUUGUUUUUACCUACCACAUUAACACAUUCAUACAAUCGUACAUUGUGCAUUGACCUCUUAUAAUAAAAGGAUGUACAAUCAUAUAGAAAAUUUCACUUAAAAACUGGCCAAUUUUGCUUUGACAGUUUUAGAAUUAUUGGUAAAAAAAAUUAUACCUAAAGGCCUUUGAAUAUAGUCCAAUAUUCAAUAAAAUCUCAAAUUCAGAGCAAAUUCAACUUUAAGGAUUCACUUUAAGGUUGAAUUUGUAAAUGCGACUAACUGAAUUGAGUGCCAAGAAGUUGUGUUUGGCACUCAUUGAGUGGGGAUGUUUUUUGGUCGCUGAUUGUGCAUCCACUUUUUGAUGAUGAUGAUGAUCCACUUUUUAAUAGGAGAUCGAUGACAUUGUGCUUGUAAAGGGAUUGCAUUCCCCUUUUUAUUGUGACGUCAUUUCAUGGUCACCAUAUUUCGUUGACAGAAUGUGUGUGAACAUUGAGUUUGUCAGAUAAAUAUAGUUUACAUAAACGAUUUACAAAGAAAGUGAAUGAAUGUAAAGAUAAUUGAUUUUAAUAUUUAAACUAUUAAAAUAUAUGUAUAGCUGAUGACUGUUGAUAGUGUGGCAAAUAUAUGAAAUCUUUCGCAAUAAAUAUAUAAAAAUCAAUCUGUAGUUCAUUUUAAUCACAUAAAUAAAUAAAUAUAAAAAAAAGUAAUUUAAUUCUAAAACCUUUGUUUCGGGCGGUUGCCCAUUGCACAACUAACCAAUCUAUUGUCGAUACAAUGGACUACAUAUUUAGAAAUGUAUACGAGAUAAUUAAACAUUUUUUAUAUAUAAAUAUAUAUUUAAUAUUACACCAAAUGUAAUAAUAACAAUAGGAGUAUUAAAAUGUUUUUUUUAAACAACACAGAAAUAUAACACUUAAAUAAUAUGUGAUAAACUUAAUAUUUCCUAUGACAUAGCUUUAAAUCUAAGGUGACUUUCUGUAAAUGGCAUAAUAAUAAUAAAACAUUUUGUUUUUAUAUAAAAAACAACAUUCACUGUGUUUAUGGUAAAAGUAGGUUGAAAAAAGUUUUUAAAGUAGUUGUCAAAAUCUUCGUUUUAAAGAUUUUUAGAAGCAAUUUCAAGUUAAGCCUUAAAGCUUAAAAAACUUUUUGGGUGUAUGUAAUGUAUGAUAUAUUACUAUAUACUGCAUGAAUAUGCUUAAUAUUUUUUAUCGCUUAAAUUAGGCUUUUUAAUUGUUAAGGGCAUUCACAUUGACACGUUUAGACGCUCGGGUGUGUUUAAUUAUACGCCGUGCGGUUAAACUUGUCAGUGUGAACCAAGAGUUAGCUGUUUACUAGAUAUCUGUCAAGUUAGGUUACAUUCGGAUAUAUAUUGUUUUGUCCUAAUCUAUUUUAUACUAUUAGAUAUGUCACUAGCGCGUCAAAAUUGAGGCGAACAAAGGUGGCUGGCUAUAGCUUGGCAAAUUCGUUCGUAACACUCCCGAUGCUCCGCGCGCACGACUUCAUACCCGCGCAGUCCUUUCUCCCGUCGCCCGCAUAUCAUGGGAGUGUCAUCAACGAAUUUGCCAAGCUAUAAUCGUCUCCAUUUCAUUUGGUCGCGUGAACGAAACGGCCAACGAAAGUUAUUUAAACAAAUAAUACUUUUAUAUGUAUUGUCUACAAUGGCAAUUUGUGUGUUCAGGAUGUGUAAAAACAAACAGCGGAAGCUUCACGCAGUAACACACAAUUUUGUGCAUAGCUAAAUUCGGAUAAUUUUUUGCGGUGAUUUUUUAGGCACGUAACAUAUCUAAUAGUACAAUAUAUCGUUGGUCCUAAUGAUAUAAUAUCGGAGGUUCCCCGAUUACCUAUAGGGUACUUUAUAACAUUACCACACUGGCUGACAAUUAACAUGUAAUGUAAUGAUUUACGAUUUCUAUGGCGCAUUUAUGUCAGCUUUGCUUAAAAAUAUAUCCAUUGGACGCGUACGUACUUAUACAGACUGCAAGCUUAGGCUGCGUGUCUACCAGAGGGGAGCGAGUGAGCGUAGCGGAGAAACGCGGAUAAUGCGGAGCGGAGUUGCUUACUGUGUCUGUCCACCGGAGCGAGGCGAGGUUGCGGAGUUGCAGAUUAUGAUAAAUAAAUAAAUGUUAAAAUUAAUUUAUUUAACCCCGCUCCAUUUCCACGCUCUGCUUACCGAUUUUUAUAUUAAGACUAGCAGAGAUUUUGUGCAAUCCUAUUUCUCCCUUUCUCGGCUCCGCUGCCUCGCUCCGCUUCGCUUGACUGGCAGUCUAAUUAACUAUCUUGACGUAUGCUAGUUGAUAUCUACGAAAUUGAGAUUCUAUAUAACAGAUGUCAUCUGGUGUUUGCUGGUCGAUAUCACACAGUAGGUAAAUGACAUUUUGUCAAUUGGUUUGAUGUUUAUUUGAAUAGGUUGAUAAUAAAGACCAAAAUGGCGAAUAAGACAGCUGGACACAUCUAAAAUGCCUAUCUAGCUAGCAGAUAUCUAGUUGACAACGAGCGGUGUACAUAUAACGGUAUAGGGAAUUAUAUAUAGAGGGAUGUUGUCCUAUAGAACAUAACGUAACCGGACACCAUUGUUAAAUUUUGUCUCAGUUUUCAUCACCGGAUAACGUCAUAUUUCAUAUAACAAAUAAGAACGGUUACUAGCUACCCGAAAAUAACGGUUAUUUACAAAACAGCCCCCUAGCCAAGUUGCAUUUCGAUUCUCUUUCUACGAUCGCUAACGCAUGUAUGGGAAUGACAUUUCCUAUCAGCAGCUCAAUUGCGAAAUUUUGACGUAAGAUAUUCGAUGCAUAUCGUCCAAAUGAAUCGUGAAAUUUGUCAUUGAUAUUUUUCGUUUCGCGAAAACCAGUCGCAAUGGACGUUAAAUAUAUUAUAAUUUAUUUUCGAGUAAUUUGCUAUAAAUAUUGAUAUUUUAGAUGAAUAUAAUUAACAAAUUUCACCCGAUUAUUUAAUAGAAUGACGACGUUUUGUAGCUUGAUUUCAUUGUUGUUAUAGAAAUUAUCGAUGGAGACGUCACUACACUAUCGAUAAAUAUUGAAAUAUGAUUGAUACUAAAAAUUGGUUUCGCGAAAGCAUUUUGUAACUAUGGGCCGCAACAAAAUAUACUUCAAACUGACAUAUAAUUGUUACACAGUAAGUUACGUGAUUAAGAUCUGUCAUCCCCAUACAUCUUUCUAGUUUUCGAAGCGUUAGCGAUCGUAGAAAGAGAAUUCGACGUGCCACUUGGCUAGGGCGGCAGAUCUGUAAUAUAGAAGAUAUAUAGAAGUGGUUAGAAGGUGUUAAUUUACUACUGACUGGUUAAUUUUUUGUGUCAAAAUGUUCCUAUAUACAUAAACGAACUUUUACUAAUACGGUUCUUCCAUAAUGCACGAUUUUUUAUGUACCAAUUAUUGUUUAAUACAAAACAAACUGAACGUCAAACUGUUAAUGAAACGUUUUUAAUAGAAUACAUAUUUUAAUUUUUACAAUUUGUAAAUUAAAAUUAUACAUGAAAAUACCAAAAUAUUCCCCGCCGUGACUAUAUUUUGUUAUGGCGUUUAGUAUUUUUAUUUGAAACUAGUGGACGACUGCUACUAUGUCCGCGUGGAUUUCAGUUUUUCACAAAUCCCACUGGAACUAUGGAUUUCGAAUGAAUGGAUGGAUGUAUGAUGGAUGGAUGCGGAUCGAAAAGUAGCCUAUGUGUUAAUCCAAAGUAAAAUCUAUUUCCAUUCCAAAUUUCAGCCAAAUCGCUUUAGUAGUCGCAUCGCAAAGGAGGAACAAACAUACACACACAAACUUUCGCCUUUAUAAUAUUAGUAUGAGGCAUCAAUUAUUGUAAUGUAUAAAAUAAAUUUAAUUAAACGCACUUUUGACUUUCUUUUAGAGUUUUAGUUUCCACUGCAAGCGAUGCUACAAGGCCUUUAGUAAAAAGAGCAUUGUUAACUUUACUUUUAAUGACAGUCUAUAGUCUGGCAAGUUGGUUGAUAACACUCCCAUGAUAUGCGGGCGACGGGCGGAAAGACUGCGCGAGUGUUACGAACGAAGUUGCCAAGCUAUAAUAUGAAUUUUGUUAUAAUUCGAGAGCUAAAUGUAGUGGUAGGGCCUUUGUAACCUGAAGUCAAAUGACUAUGUCAUUAUAACUAUGAACUAUGCUUAUAUAUUUCGUAAAAAAGCAUGUCUUCUAUAAUAGUUUUAUGAAUAAAGUGUGGGGUUCCAUCGUUAUCGUAAUCCACCAAAGGCAAACAUUUUAUUGGUAACUAGCGGACGCCCGCGUGGAAUUUAGUUUUUCACAAUCCCUCGGGAAUCAUUAAUUUUCCCGGGAUAAAAAUAAUCUAUCUCUACAUAAAAUUUUAGGUGAUUCGGUUCAGUAGCCGAGGCGUGAAACUUUCAUAUCAUCAAAAUCAUCAGUUUUCGCAAAUGUCGUUAAACUAUGGAUUUUUUCAGGAUAAAAAAGUAGCCUAUGUGUUAAUCCAGAAUAAAAUCUAUUUCCAUUCCAAAUUUCAGCCAAAUCGCUUCAGUUGUAGCGGCGUUAUAGAGUAACAAACAUCCAUACAAACUUUCGCGUUUGUAAUAUUAGUAGGAUUUUUUCGAAUUCGAAACUCGCACUUCCGAGGUAAACAAAACAUCGUUACAGAAUAUUACUACCAUAGAAUUAUAAGUAUUGUACCGACUCGUAAUUCUAUGAUUACUACUGAAGGCAGAUUCUUUAAGGUAUUCAUACAAAACAGAUCAAAGAGUAUUCGUGCUAGCCUUUAGACAUUGGUAGAAAAGUUGUAUAGUAUCUCUUUGGAUAUCGUUACGCCUUCGAUGGAACGCCACUUUAAAAUAAGGUAAAACUAGUAAUCUAGGUUACCACAACUAAUUAAACGCAAUUCUGUUGAAUUCUUGUAAAAUAUAUAAAGAAAAUAAAUAAAACCGUUUUACAAUGAA